UCCAGAGUCCAGAGUCGUGACAGGUAAUUAAUGCACGGCGUAUCAGCACCGAAUGGUCUACAGCAGCGACACCCACUCGAAGACCAAGAACGGGGUAAUCCUCUGUGUUACUGGCAUGUACAUUGUUACCAGCGUCGCUUUCCCAGACCCCUUGCCGUGCUAAAGGCUGGCAUUUGGAUUAGCACCUGGAUUACCUCUCACCACAGCUCCUAUCCGCCAUCUGCACUUCUCUAUAAAGACGAGGACACCAAGCAAGAAUCUUCCUUCCAAGCACUCUUAUCCUUUUGUACCAACAUCGAACGCUGCGUCUCGCCCUUCUUCAAGAAGCCAUCCUUCUAAUCAUCGCUAGUCGUUUCCAUAAUGCAGGAGUCUGUCAUACAAUGGCCACUUGGCUUAGACAUCAAGGAUGUGGCAGGCGCAGGCGUUACGGCAAUUGUCGCGCGCCUUGAUGCUGUUGUCAAGUUCUUUGGACCGUCGGAGUCGCGCUUCUUCGAACGGGAGAAGCUCGUCUACCAGCGUCUUGGCCGCGACCACGGUGGCAUCAUUCGAUAUUAUGGCUUUUUGGAGAAUUCCCUAAUCUUGCAGUUUGCGAGCCAAAAAUCCAUUAGGCAAUAUUUUACAAAGCAGAAACAGGUCCCACUCUCUGUUAAGAUUCGCUGGGUUGAACAACUUUUCGAUGCUGUUCGGUUCAUCCAUUCAAGAGGCGUGCUCCAUGGCGAUAUAUCGUGCAACAAUGUUUUCCUCAAUGACAAUCUCGAUGUGAAGCUUGGUGAUUUUGCCGGCUCAUCUAUUGACGACCUUCCACCACUGAUCUGUUAUGAGACCACUCACGAACUUCCUGACGAAGACAUUUCAACGAGAACUGAACUCUUUGCUCUCGGGUCUACUGUUUAUGAAAUCAUGACUGGCUCAAAACCAUACCGAGAUCUACCUGAUCACGAGGUAUAUGCUGCUUUCUCCGAGUGUUGCUACCCUGAUCUCGAAUCUAUCUCCGCAUUCAGGAAUACGAUUAUGAAAUGUUGGAGGCAGGAUUAUGCGACCGUAGAAGAAGCCCUUCGAGAUAUAAAGCUAGAAGUCGCCACCAUGAAAGAGCUAUAAAUAUUGCGUUUCUACACUCUUCUCCGCCAUCAAACAGUUUUAUUUCCUUUCCUCCUAACCGCUGUUACUUUAGUUCCAUUUGUAGGCUGGAUAAGGCGCUGGAGGUCACUUUACUGAACAGUGACAGCAGAAUCUAUGGCCAACGGCUUCCCUCAGCUUACCGAGCAGGGUAGAGGUGGGCACAACUUGGGAGUCGCGCAUUCGGCUCUUAAAAAGGGCUUAGAGUGGUAGCGUCUUCCGCAUCACGAGUCUCCUAAAAUUCUAUGAAACUUGGUACCUCUCUCUUCUCGCCGCCGCUCUGAACGCCUGAACAGUAUUAAUUCGAAUUCGAGCUGCGAUCUAAAUCUACGAUGGAUCACGGGAUUAUUGGCCAAUAGCUAUUCAGAAACUAUCUUCUAAAUAUAGUAUUAUUUAAAGAAGAUAGAGAAGGUAUACUUAUCAAGUAUUUUAAGAUUAAAGACUA